AACAGAUGUCGUGGCACUAAGACCCAGAAACCAUUUGCUCUGUGUGGCUGGAGCUGGGCAGGCUGUGCUCACACUGAAGGGAAGGAAGUCAUUAGUGCAGACUGAGCUGUGGAGUUGGGUUCUUGCAGGAUUUCCUUCCAGCCUUUCCCCACUAAGGUUCUUGGGAAUUAAAAAAAAAAAAAAAAAAAUCUAAACACACAAACCAAGCUUUCCUAUUUACAGUGUUCAGGGAAGGUAGGCAUUUCGGGAAGGGCAGAUCCUUUCCCCAAGCUAUCCAAGAAAGAAGAGAAAACAGCGUAAAGAAGCUCUGAUUACAGAUCUUUGGAAUUUUCUUUGCUAAAUUUUACAAACGAGAAAUACACCCAGAAUUUUGGGAAUUGCUCCAGGCUGCGCGUGAGGGUUUGAUUGCUUGUCUAAUCUUUUUUUGAGAAGAGGAGAAUUCGCCAAAAGGGGUUUGGAUGGCAGGAGCCCGGCUGGGUUCGUGCAGCAGCUUGCGUUCUCCCUCUUUUCUCUGAGGGAGGGUCUUUGCAGCCGGCUUGGAGACCCCCUGCCGCAGGCUCUUUUUGCUGGCGCUGGCCUGAGGGGAAAAUGCUCCGCUCUGGCAGGAGUACGCUGGUUGCUGCUGGGACUUCCUAGCCCCGUGGGAAGUGUGUUCGUGGUUUGGGGAUACUUUUCAUUGAACUGAAGGCGAAAAGACUGGACUCUCCUGGGCUCUUUCCCUUCGCAGUGAAUAUGGGAAAGAAUUAGGGGGUGGGAGGGAGGCAGCAUGACUUGCAGUCGCCGCUGCCCUGCAUCUGUCCCCAGCCCCCAGCCAGCAUCUUGAUGUUCCACGUAUCGGCUGUACAAAUAUGAUGAAAUGGCAGCCCCGGAAGAAGGCAUACUUCCGACAGGGUGUUGCCCUCCAGUACCUUGGACGUCAUGCCGAUGCCCUGGCAGCCUUUGCAUCUGGGCUGGCUCAGGACCCCAAGAGUCUCCAGCUUCUGGUGGGGAUGGUAGAAGCAGCCAUGAAAUCUCCCAUGAGAGACUCCCUCGAGCCCACUUAUCAACAGCUUCAGAAAAUGAAACUGGACAAGAGUCCCUUUGUGGUCGUGUCUGUGGUUGGGCAAGAACUCCUGACAGCUGGCCAUCAUGGGGCCUCUGUGGUUGUCUUAGAAGCCGCUCUGAAGAUUGGCACCUGCAGCCUCAAACUGAGAGGUUCCGUUUUCUCUGCGCUGAGCAGUGCUUACUGGUCUCUCGGAAACACAGAGAAGAGCACUGGAUACAUGCAGCAGGACUUGGAUGUAGCCAAGACCUUAGGUGACCAGACAGGAGAAUGCCGAGCUCAUGGGAAUCUGGGCUCUGCAUUCUUCUCCAAAGGAAAUUACCGGGAGGCUCUCACUAACCACAGGCAUCAGUUGGUGCUUGCCAUGAAACUCAAGGAUCGAGAGGCAGCUUCGUCAGCCCUGAGCAGUCUGGGCCACGUGUACACAGCCAUUGGAGACUACCCCAAUGCACUGGCCAGUCACAAACAGUGUGUUCUUCUCGCCAAGCAAUCCAAAGAUGAGCUUUCUGAAGCCCGAGAACUCGGUAACAUGGGAGCUGUGUAUAUUGCCAUGGGUGAUUUUGAGAAUGCUGUGCAGUGCCAUGAGCAGCAUCUGAAGAUAGCCAAGGACCUGGGCAACAAGCGAGAAGAGGCCCGCGCCUACAGCAAUCUGGGCAGUGCCUACCACUACAGGAGGAACUUUGACAAGGCCAUGUCUUACCACAACUACGUGCUGGAGCUGGCUCAGGAGUUGAUGGAGAAGGCCAUUGAGAUGCGGGCCUAUGCUGGCCUGGGCCAUGCUGCCAGGUGCAUGCAGGAUUUGGAGAGAGCUAAACAGUACCAUGAGCAGCAGCUGGGCAUCGCUGAGGAUCUCAAGGACCGGGCUGCAGAGGGGCGAGCAUCCUCCAAUCUGGGAAUCAUACACCAGAUGAAAGGUGAUUAUGAUACUGCACUGAAACUCCACAAGACCCACCUGUGCAUCGCCCAGGAGCUGAGUGAUUACGCCGCCCAGGGCCGUGCCUACGGGAAUAUGGGCAAUGCCUACAAUGCUCUGGGCAUGUACGACCAGGCUGUCAAGUACCACCGGCAGGAGCUGCAGAUCUCCAUGGAAGUGAAUGACCGUGCCUCACAGGCAUCCACACACGGGAACCUUGCCGUGGCCUAUCAGGCCCUGGGUGCCCACGACCGGGCCCUGCAGCACUAUCAGAACCACCUGAACAUCGCUCGGGAGCUGCGUGACAUCCAGAGCGAGGCCCGGGCCCUCAGCAACCUGGGCAACUUCCACUGCUCUCGAGGGGAGUACGUCCAGGCCGCCCCCUAUUACGAACAGUACCUCCGGCUUGCUCCCGAGCUUCAAGACAUGGAAGGAGAAGGGAAGGUCUGCCACAAUCUUGGCUACGCCCAUUACUGCCUUGGAAAUUACCAGGAGGCGGUGAAGUACUAUGAGCAGGAUCUGGCCCUGGCCAAAGACCUUCAUGACAAAUUGAGCCAAGCAAAAGCCUACUGCAACUUGGGCUUAGCAUUCAAGGCUCUGCUGAAUUUUAACAAAGCCGAAGAGUGUCAGAAGUACUUACUGUCCCUAGCCCAGUCCCUGAAUAACUCCCAGGCUAAAUUUCGAGCCCUGGGGAACCUGGGCGAUAUAUUCAUCUGUAAAAAAGAUAUCAGUGGUGCAAUAAAAUUCUAUGAGCAGCAGCUGGGCUUGGCUCACCAUGUAAAGGACAGAAGACUGGAGGCCAGUGCAUAUGCAGCCCUGGGCACCGCAUACCGAAUGAUCCAGAAACACGACAAGGCCUUGGGUUAUCACACACAGGAACUGGAGGUAUAUCAGGAGCUGAGCGACUUGCCGGGAGAGUGCAGAGCUCAUGGGCACCUGGCAGCCGUCUACAUGGCCCUUGGGAAAUACACGAUGGCAUUCAAGUGUUAUGAAGAGCAGCUGGAUCUAGGGCAGAAGCUGAAAGAUCCGAGUCUAGAAGCUCAGGUCUAUGGCAACAUGGGCAUCACAAAGAUGAACAUGAAUGUGAUGGAAGAAGCCAUCGGCUACUUCGAGCAGCAGCUGGCCAUGCUGCAGCAGCUGAGUGGAAAUGAGUCUGUGCUCGACAGGGGCCGGGCCUAUGGCAACCUGGGGGAUUGCUAUGAGGCCCUGGGUGACUAUGAGGAAGCUAUAAAGUACUAUGAACAAUAUUUAUCUGUUGCCCAGAGUCUAAAUCGCAUGCAAGACCAAGCCAAGGCUUACCGGGGCCUGGGAAAUGGACACAGGGCAAUGGGGAGCUUGCAGCAAGCCCUUGUGUGCUUUGAAAAGAGGCUCGUGGUUGCCCAUGAGCUCGGGGAGGCCUUCAAUAAAGCCCAGGCCUAUGGAGAGCUGGGAAGUCUGCACAGCCAAUUAGGGAAUUACGAACAAGCCAUUUCCUGCCUUGAACGCCAGCUGAACAUUGCUAGAGAGAUGAAAGACCGAGCUCUGGAAAGUGAUGCUGCCUGUGGCCUGGGGGGCGUUUACCAGCAGAUGGGGGAAUACGAUACAGCCCUGCAGUACCACCAGCUGGAUCUGCAGAUAGCAGAGGAAACCAACAACCCCACGUGCCAGGGACGGGCCUAUGGGAACCUGGGCCUGACCUACGAGUCCCUGGGCACCUUUGAGAGGGCUGUGGUCUAUCAAGAACAGCACUUGAGCAUCGCUGCACAGAUGAACGACUUGGUGGCCAAGACGGUGUCUUAUAGUAGCCUUGGAAGGACCCAUCAUGCUUUGCAGAACUAUUCCCAGGCAGUCAUGUACUUGCAGGAAGGUUUAAGGUUAGCAGAGCAGCUGGGCCGAAGAGAAGAUGAAGCCAAAAUUCGCCAUGGUCUUGGCCUCUCCCUUUGGGCGAGUGGGAACCUGGAGGAAGCCCAACAUCAGCUCUAUAGAGCAUCAGCCUUGUUUGAAACGAUCCGACACGAAGUGCAGCUGAGCACGGACUACAAGCUCUCCCUCUUUGACCUGCAGACAUCCUCCUACCAGGCCUUGCAGCGAGUGCUCGUCAGCCUCGGCCAUCAUGAUGAAGCCCUGGCCGUGGCAGAAAGAGGACGGACAAGGGCGUUUGCAGAUCUCCUGGUAGAACGGCAGACAGGACAGCAGGACUCCGACCCCUACUCCCCAGUCACUAUUGAUCAGAUCUUAGAGAUGGUUAAUGGCCAGAGGGGACUAGUGCUUUACUAUUCCCUGGCUGCGGGCUACCUGUACAGCUGGCUGCUUGCUCCUGGGGCAGGGAUUCUGAAGUUUCACGAACACUACCUGGGAGACAACACGGUGGAAAACUCCAGUGAAUUCCAGGCUGGCAGCAGCACAGCCCUUCCAACAGCCACCAGCUCGGCCCUAGAGCAGCACAUCGCCAGCGUCCGGGAGGCCCUGGGUGUGGAAUCUUACUACUCAAGGGCCUGUGCCAGCAGUGAGACAGAGAGUGAAGCCGGAGACAUCAUGGACCAGCAGUUUGAGGAGAUGAACAACAGGCUCAACUCGGUCACCGACCCCACUGGCUUUCUUCGGAUGGUUCGCCGCAACAACCUCUUUAACAGGAGCUGCCAGAGCAUGACCAGCCUGGUCGGCAGCGCCACGUCGCCCGUCAAGGACGGGACCUCCUCUCUUCCCAGGAGGCAGAGCUCGUUCGCCAGGCCACCGCUCCGCGCUCUGUACGACCUGCUCGUGGCACCCAUGGAAGGGGGCCUGAUGCACUCCAGCGGCCCUGUGGGCCGGCACCGGCAACUGGUCCUGGUUCUCGAGGGGGAGCUCUACCUCAUCCCGUUCGCCCUCCUGAAGGGAAGCUCCUCCAAUGAGUACCUGUACGAGCGCUUCGCCCUCAUCGCCGUCCCUUCCAUCCGCUCCCUCGGUCCUCAGGCCAAGUCUCACCUGCGGAAGAACCCUCCCACCUACUCCAGCUCCACGUCCAUGGCGGCUGUAGUCGGCAACCCCAAGCUCCCAUCGGCGGUGAUGGACAGGUGGCUGUGGGGCCCGAUGCCGUCAGCCGAGGAGGAGGCCUACAUGGUGUCCGAGCUGCUGGGCUGCCAGCCGCUGGUGGGCAGCGUGGCCACCAAAGAGCGGGUCAUGAGCGCCCUGACCCAGGCCGAGUGCGUCCACUUUGCCACCCACAUCUCUUGGAAACUGUCGGCCUUGGUCCUCACGCCCAGUGUGGAAGGCACCCCCGCUGGCAGCAAGAGCUCCUUCGGCCACCCCUACACCAUCCCUGAGUCCCUGCGGGUGCAGGAUGACACCAGCGAUGGCGAGAGCAUCUCGGACUGCCCGCCGCUGCAGGAGCUGCUGCUCACAGCCGCCGACGUCCUGGACCUGCGGCUGCCUGUGAAGCUAGUGGUUCUCGGCUCCUCCCAGGAGUCCAACAGCAAGGUCACAGCCGACGGGGUCAUCGCGCUGACGCGGGCCUUCCUGGCGGCCGGCGCACAGUGUGUCCUCGUGUCUCUGUGGCCUGUGCCCGUGGCUGCUUCCAAGAUGUUCCUGCACGCCUUGUACUCGUCCCUGCUGAAUGGCCUGAAGGCCAGCGCGGCCCUGGGUGAGGCCAUGAAGGUGGUGCAGAGCAGCAAGGCCUUCUCACACCCCUCCAACUGGGCAGGGUUCUUGCUCAUCGGGAGCGAUGUGAAGCUCAACAGUCCCUCCUCGCUCAUCGGCCAGGCCCUCACCGAGAUCCUCCAGCACCCAGAGCGGGCGCGGGAUGCCCUGCGAGUGCUGCUGCACCUGGUGGAGAAGUCCCUGCAGCGCAUUCAGAACGGGCAGCGCAACGCCAUGUACACAUCCCAGCAGAGCGUGGAGAACAAAGUGGGCGGCAUCCCUGGCUGGCAGGCCCUCCUCACCGCUGUGGGCUUCCGGCUGGACCCCCCGGCCAGUGGCCUGCCAGCAGCCGUCUUCUUCCCAACCUCCGACCCGGGCGACCGGCUCCAGCAGUGCAGCAGCACCAUCCAGUCCCUGCUGGGUCUGCCCAACCCUGCCCUCCAAGCCCUCUGCAAGCUCAUCACUGCCUCGGAGACGGGCGAGCAGCUCAUCAGCCGGGCUGUUAAAAAUAUGGUUGGAAUGCUCCACCAGGUGCUGGUCCAGCUGCAGGCCGGCGAGAAGGAGCAGGACUUCGCAUCAGCCCCCAUUCAGGUCUCCAUCAGCGUCCAGCUGUGGCGGCUCCCGGGAUGUCACGAAUUCCUGGCGGCUCUAGGUUUUGAUCUCUGUGAGGUUGGUCAGGAGGAAGUAAUCCUGAAAACCGGGAAACAAGCCAAUCGACGGACCAUGCACUUUGCGCUCCAAGCCCUGCUCGCACUCUUCGAUUCCACUGAGCUGCCCAAGCGCCUCAGCCUUGACAGCUCGUCCUCCCUGGAGUCUCUGGCCUCAGCCCAGUCUGUCUCCAAUGCUCUGCCCUUGGGCUACCAGCACCCUCCUUUCUCUCCCACCGGUGCAGAGAGCAUAGCCUCAGAUGCCAUCUCUGUGUACAGUCUGAGCUCCAUCGCCUCCUCAAUGAGCUUUGUCUCCAAGCCUGAGGGUGGGUCAGAGGGCGGCGGUCCUCGAGGAAGGCAGGACUACGACCGGUCCAAGAACGCCUUCCCACAGCGAUCCACCCUGCCUCGGAGCCAGCUGUCCCCCCCGACCCGCCCUGCAGACAGCAAAGACGAAGAAGAAUACGAAGGGUUUUCCAUCAUCAGCACUGAGCCUUUGGCGGCCUACCAAGAAAACAGACAGACUCGCUUCUCACCAGAUCACAAACAGUCCCGCGUCGGGACAGCUGGCGGUGUGAAAGUUUCGGUAAGCUCCAAGGGGAGCAUAAGCACUCCAAACUCUCCAGUUAAAAUGACUCUGAUUCCCAGCCCAAACUCACCCUUCCAGAAGGUUGGAAAACUAGCAAGUUCAGAUACGGGAGAAUCAGACCAGUCUAGUACAGAAACAGAUAGUACCGUGAAAUCCCAAGAAGAGAGCAGCCCAAAGCUCGAUCCACAGGAGUUGGCCCAGAAGAUUCUAGAGGAGACACAAAGCCAUCUCAUUGCGGUGGAACGUCUUCAGAGGGGUAGUGGUCAAGGUAAGGGCACUAAUCCUGAAGAUGGCAUUUCCGUGCCCAACAGCGCUGCUGUCUUCAGAGCGUCAGAAACAAGUGCGUUCAGCAGGCCUGCCCUCUCCCACCAGAAGAGCCAGCCGUCGCCAGUUACUAUCAAACCAAAGCCCCCAGCCAGAAGCUCUUCACUACCCAAGGUGAGUUCAGGAUACAGCAGCCCCACCGCCUCAGAGGCGUCCAUCAAAGACAGCCCGAGCCAGCACAGUGGCCGGCCGUCGCCCGGCUCUGACUCCCAGACCUCCCUGACCGACCAGCCUCUCUUUAAGCUGAAGUAUCCCAGCUCUCCUUACAGUGCUCACAUUUCCAAAUCACCAAGGAACAUGUCCCCGAGCUCAGGCCACCAGUCUCCUGCUGGAAGUGCACCGUCCCCAGCUCUCUCCUACUCCUCAGCUGGCUCCGCUCGCUCGAGUCCAGCUGACGCUCCCGACAUAGACAAGCUGAAGAUGGCAGCCAUCGACGAGAAGGUGCAGGCUGUACACAACCUGAAGAUGUUUUGGCAGAGCACACCCCAGCAUUCCACGGGACCAAUGAAAAUAUUCCGGGGGACCCCUGGAACGAUGACUUCCAAGAGAGAUGUCCUCAGUCUAUUAAACUUGUCACCUCGGCACAGCAAGAAGGAGGAAGGAGCAGACAAGCUGGAACUUAAGGAGCUGUCUUUGCAGCAAUGUGGGGAAACGCCCCCAAAAGCCCCUCCCAACGGACACUGGCAUACGGAGACCACCUCGCUGAGCACGCUGCCGCUGCCCGCCGGCCCUCCUGCCGCAGUGCCCACGCGCCCUUUGAGACUUCCUUCUGGAAACGGCUACAAGUUUCUGUCCCCAGGAAGAUUUUUUCCUUCCUCUAAAUGCUAAAACAUCUUUUAUACCCACCAACACCGGCUUGGAGCACAGCGGCCCACAGCCCAGCUCUCCGCACUCACUUGGCCUGCUCCUGAACGUGGCCGCCCCAGCAUGGGUGCUCUCGGGGCGCGGGCGCCACCACUCCCAGACGCCACACACACACACUGGUAGCCCCUCUGGGACUCUGGGCCAGAUUCACCAAAAGCCAGGACUUCUGUGGGGUUGGUACAGGAGGCUCAUGGAAUUUUCUACACAUCACCAAAUGUUUACCUUGAACUCCCUGCUUCUCAUCUUUGAUGUGAUUCUUCAACAGGAUUUUUGUACAAAAAUGGUCAUGGUUCUGGGGUGGGGAGAGAAAGGGAGCACAUAUUUUGCUAAGAGGUAUAUAUGCAGUACCUUUUAUACAUAGAAAUACAAACAGAGCUUUUUUAAGGCUUUCAGGUGCUGGUUGGGGGUAGGGUAUAUAAAAAUCUCUCUAAGUUGAGUUCUACAUGAAAGUGUUAUAGUAGCCAAAAAACAGAAUACUGGUUUUAAAAAUGCCAAUGAUUUAUAAUUAAAUUGUAGCAGUUUUGGUCUCAUGAUAUUGUAACAUCAGAGUAACAAGGCAAUAAUUCACUUCCUGAACUCUGCUCUUUGAGGGCUACAAAUGUCCCUGGGGCCCCACUGUCAACCAAACUUGAAUUUUCUUAAAAAAAUUUAUGUAACUCUUACCCAGGCAUUUUAGAACUAUGCAAUUGUGAUUUAAAAAUGCAACUUUGUGCUUUUAAAACAUUACUGACCUUUUUUGUACGUGGAUAAACAACUUGGUUUUAUUAUCAACAGUACUUUGCAUUUAUAGCUAUUAUUUUUAAAAGCUCAAAAAGUUUUUUAAAAUGUCAAAUUUUGAAUAGUCUUCAAUAAGCAAUUAUCAAGUUUGGAGGGGGGAGUUUGAAAUUAUUCAGUUUCCUUAUAAGCAAAAAAAAAAAAAAAAAAAAAACACCAAAAAAACAAACAAACAAAAAAACAAAAGAAAAA